GUGGGUCUUCCGUACUUGCAAGUUAGCUGUCAUAUUAAUUUUUCUUUGUUUUUUUUUGCCAUUUUCUUUUGAUCCACACAGUCGUUAACAUCUUUGGACUAAACAUGAGUAUCACUUUGGUGCGGAAACACCUGUCCCAGAUGGGCGUUCUUAGGCACCGAUCUCCUUUGGAUCGCAGCUACAUACCCAUGGCCGGUCCACCCCGAUUUCCGAUGAGUUCCGCCCAGCGUUUGAUCAUCGGCUGUGGAUCGAUGGCCAUCAUGAUGAUCAUUCCCUACUGGUGCCUCUUCAACAUGCCCCGCUGGUCCAGGAUGCACCUGGGACUGCCGCCCUUGGAAGAGGAGCAGAAUGAGGAGCCAUCGCCACCGGAGCCGCAGGAGGAAAAGGACUCGGAAAAGGACAAGAAGGACAAGGACAAGAAGGAAGAAAAGAAAAAGUAGAACCUGAACCAUACAAAACGCAUUCUUAAACGGUGACUUCUGAGGGAUUCUUUUACUGGGGCCUCCACAUUUAAAACCCAGAAAAGCAACGCUUUCAAAUGGCCUAUUAAAUUAUAGAAAAAUAGAUUACCCAUUACAUAUUUCACUGGAUUUAUUGCAACAGCGUGGAAUUAAUUAUCACAACCAUAAAAUAAUAAAAUUACGAAUUGAAUCGUUAAAGCAA